AACCUCUGAAAAGUGUGCUGCAGUCCGUGCACAGCAUUAGUAUAACAUGAGGACUGGAUGUAGCCCGUCCUCCGGAGGACUUCCUUGCCCGCUGCAGGAAAGAGAAGAUUGAAAGACAAACCUGGGUGCAGCCGGAAAGGUCCAAAUAGAUGAGCUUGUGGCAUCCCUCCCCUAAAUUCAGGGACUCCAUCGUACCUCAGCUGGGUCUCUUCGUUCCAAAUUGCAUUAGCUAAGAUUACCCAAACUUGGAUUUCAAAGGAAAACUUUCUUGGUUCCAUCUGUCACACCAAGUAAUUGGGACCAGCUGGAUGUCAGGAUGCGCGUGGUCACUGUGGUAAUUCUGCUCUUCUUUUGUAAAUCCGUGGAGCUCCGCAGGGCCAGCCUAGGGGGCUCCAGAGGCCGAAUGAACCAUGGCCGGGCCGGCGGGAGCAAGAGAGGCUCCAACCCCGUCAAGCGCUACGCGCCAGGCCUCCCCUGCGAAGUGUACACCUACCUUCACGAGAAGUACUUAGAUUGUCAAGAAAGAAAACUAGUUUAUGUGCUGCCCGACUGGCCUCAGGAUUUGCUGCACAUGCUGUUAGCAAGGAACAAGAUCCGCAUACUGAAGAACAAGAUGUUCUCCAAGUUCAAGAAGCUGAAAAGCCUGGAUCUGCAGCAGAAUGAGAUCUCCAAAAUUGAGAGUGAGGCUUUCUUUGGUUUAAAUAAACUUACUACUCUCCUACUGCAGCACAAUCAAAUCAAAGUCUUGACGGAGGAAGUGUUCAUUUAUACGCCUCUCCUGAGCUACCUGCGUCUCUAUGACAACCCCUGGCACUGUACUUGUGAGAUGGAAACGCUUAUUUCAAUGUUGCAGAUUCCAAGAAACCGGAAUUUGGGGAACUAUGCCAAGUGCGAAAGCCCACAAGAUCUAAGAAACAAAAAGCUGCGGCAGAUAAAAUCUGAACAGUUGUGCAAUGAAGAAGAAAGGGAACAAUUAGACCCGAAACCUCAAGUGUCAGGGAGACCCACAGUCAUCAAGCCUGAAGUGGACUCUUCUCUUUGCUACAAUUACGUGUUCCCCAUACAAACGCUGGACUGCAAACGGAAAGAGCUGAAGAAAGUCCCAAACAACAUCCCUCCAGACAUUGUUAAACUUGACUUAUCAUACAAUAAAAUCAACCAGCUUCGACCCAAGGAGUUCGAAGAUGUUCAUGAGCUAAAAAAAUUAAACCUCAGCAGCAAUGGCAUUGAAUUCAUAGAUCCUGCUGCUUUUUUAGGACUCACACAUUUAGAAGAGUUAGAUUUAUCAAACAACAGUCUACAAAACUUUGACUACGGUGUAUUAGAAGACUUGUAUUUUUUGAAACUCUUGUGGCUCAGAGAUAACCCUUGGAGAUGUGACUACAAUAUCCACUACCUCUACUACUGGUUAAAGCACCACUACAACGUCCACUAUGACGGCCUAGAAUGCAAGAUGCCUGAAGAAUAUAAAGGGUGGUUUGUGGGAAAAUAUGUUCGCAGUUACUUUGAAGAAUGUCCCAAAGACAAACUACCAGCCUACCCUGAGACCUUUGAUCAGGAUCCAGAAGAAGAUGAAUGGGAGAAGAUUCACAGGGAGCACGCAGCGAAGAAGCAAAGUGUAAGAAUCACUAUAGUGGGAUAACUUAACAAUUGUUCUCAUUGCAACUUGUUGUGAAUUUGCUAUACCGGUGUCAGAAAGCCGUAUGUUUACAUUUUGAUGAACCGUAUUGCCUAUUUAUGCAGGGUUAUCCAGCUGAAGGAAGGUUCCCUUAAUUAUUAUUUUUAUUGUGAGAAAUUCUAGCAAUCAAGGGAAUACUUCCAUCCUGCUUGCCUGCCUGUUUGCAGACCAGCGUUUGGUGAGGGUUCCACACCGGUAAACUGCAGGAGGUGGGUCCUAAUGUUGGCAUUGGAAUUUCAUAAUGUUUUGUAUAUAUGUUUUUGCUGCCUUUUGAAAAUAAAAUUAAAAAAAAACUUGGUUCAUUUUU